AUGGAAAAGCAAUAUGAGAAGAAGAUAACAUGGACGAUUAAGAAUUUCUCCUCUUUGCAAUCUGAGAAAGUUGAUUCUGAUAUUUUCGUAGUUGGUGACUCCAAAUGGCGUUUUGUGGUCCUUCCCAAGGGAUAUGGGGAUAGUAUUAAUGAGUGUUUGUCUCUGUUUCUUGAAGUUCCUGAUGCUGAAUCUUUGCCUAAUGGAUGGAAAAGGCACACACAGUUUCGCUUAACUGUUGUAAACCAAACUUGGGAGAUACUCUCCCAACAAAAAGAAGGGCAAGAAUGGUUUGAUCAGAAGAGGCCCACCCUUGGUUUCUCAGCAAUGCUUCCGCUUGCCAAACUUAUUAACAUAAAUGAUGGGUUUCUUGUGAAUGAAGAAGUCAAGGUUGUUGCUGAGGUUGGUGUUCUUCAAGUUAUUGGCAGAUCAGAUGUGUUAGAGGAAACUUUAUUAGUUAACGAAAGCAUUGAUGUCAAUGGGUUUCAAGUUCUUCCUUCACAGGUAGAAUCUGUGAACAAUCUCUUUAAAAAGAACCCAGACAUUGCAUCCACAUUUGAUCUGGAGAACCCACUUCUGAGGACAACAUACUUGAAUAGCCUACUAAGCUUGACUGAGAUUCUGUGCCAAACCCCUGAGAAACUCUCCAAUAAUGAUCUGGCCAAUGCAUAUUCUUCACUAAUUUGUGUUACAAAAGCAGGGUUUAAGUUGGAUUGGCUGGAGAAGAAACUGAAAGAGGUUGGUAAGUCUCGGCUGCAAGAAAUUGAGGAAGAGUUUAAUGAGUUGAAGCAAAAGUGUGCAAACAUGGAGGCUCUGCUGGAGUUCAUAAUGACUUAA